GUUAUAAAAGCCUCCGACAGCGAGUUUGCAUGGAUGCAGGUUUGAUAAUCUCACUCCACAGGUGUGCAACCGUUUUUCGGGCAUGGAGGAAACAACGUCAUACAAAUGGACUGUGGUAAAAACCAAGGCACUUAUUGCAUUAAGGAUGGACAAGGACGACCUGUUUUGCAAAAAACGCAAUGCUGCCAAAGAAGCAUGGGAGUCAAUCAUUAAGGAACUGGACCUUGGGCAACAUGUGUCUCACAAACAGGCCUCCAAGAAAUGGGAGAACCUAAAAAAGAAAUACAAGGAACUUAAAAGGCCAAGGACUGGAACAGGGACUGAUCAGGGGGAAGAAACCCCUGCAACAUGGCCCUUCUUCAUGGCCAUGGAUGAGGCCAUAGGUGCAAGGCCUUCAAUUAGUCCUCCUGUCCUUGUUGCCUCAGCCUUGGCAAACCCCACAAUCCUCUUCGAUCCGGAGGCUGCUUCCUGCUCCUCUUCCUUCCCCCCCCCAAAUGUGGCUGAUGAUCCAGACCCCUCACCACCCUCAUCACUGUCUGAGGCUGGAACCACCCAGCAGCCCCCCCCCAAAAAAAGAAAAGGUGCUAUGGGAGUGCUGGAGUGCCUAGAACGUGAGGCAGAAAAAGAGGACGAACGCCACAGACAAAUAAUGCAGCACUCAGAGAAAUUUCUAACCCUAUUCGAAAAAAUGGUCGACAAAAUGUGAUUUAUUUUUUUCCCCCACCAUUGGCCAUUUCUAUGUUUGAUUAUUGAUGUUACUUAAAAGACUUGUUUUUGGUCGCUUGUAUUAUUUAUUUGGAAGACAAUAAACCUAAUUUAACGUACUGUCCUUCAUGUCUUCAAUAUUCUAUAGUAAAUACAGGUAGACGGGUGAUGAAGGUGACAUUGCGUUUGCUUGAUUGUUAGAUGGCUACAUUGUUCUG